AACGAUGCGCCGAGCGGUCGUGUCUCGCGUUACCUCUCUCGCCGCUCCGAACUUCGAAAUAACCUUACGAAAAUAUGUGAAGUUUUCAAACAAAAAUCUGUAUAGAACCACCGUGCCAGACGUAACCCAUAGUGUUUAGUUUAGCUUUAACGUAACGAAUAACUAGUUUUAAGUCAUCGUAACUUAAUAGGCUUACUCGUCUUACCUGCCCACGAGUCGCGCGAAGCGGUUACCUUAUCGAAGAAACGAACAUUUUUCAAAUGGAUGUGCGUUCGAGUUCUGUGAUAGUGUGCGUGUUUUGUGUGAUUAUAAGACAGUGAGUGCGUGCCGUGUGACAAGUUGCUGUGACGUGUUUGAAAUUGUAAUAAAGUUGAAUCAAGAAAGAUGGUGCGCGGGGGUGGGGGUCUCGCCGCGCUGCUGGUUGCCGGGUUGGCGAUGGCGUCGGCGGAAUUCACAAAAGCACGCGAGCACACAUACCCCACACAUCACGUCACCAGGUUAAGACACUCCAGACACCUAGAAGGCUGGCCUAGUCACACAGCGUCCUUUACUCCCGUGACGUCACCGAAGCUCGCCGUCAAGGACAACCACAAACCCCUCUUCACGGAGUGCCUAAACUACAGACCUACAGUCAAAGAGGAGCAGCAAGUUGGGACUUAUGUCUUUACGGUCAAAGCUGAAGACAAGGAUCCCAAGGACAUGGGUGGGACAGUCACGUACAAGUUCGUCUCCACCCCUGGAGAGAAGGAGCGCUUCCACGUAGACCCUGAUACUGGUGACAUCACUACGGCCGAUAUAUUCGACCACGACGAGCCUUCCCGGGAGAAAGAAGCGUACAUUACAGUUCGAGCCAGUGAUAACGGACAACCACAACUGGACGACGCUUGUACUAUAAAAAUUUUCAUUGAGGAUAUCAAUGACAAUCCGCCUGUCUUCGAUAAAGUUUCCUACUCCGAGUCGGUUCCUCAAGACCUGCCCAGCGGAAGAGAGGUGAUGAGGAUAUCAGCGACGGACAUCGACGAUGGGAACAAUUCGAUAGUCCACUACAGCCUAGAUUCGAAUUCCCCAGAUCAAUCGUACUUCUACAUAGAUCCAGAUAACGGCGUCAUAUUUUUGAACAAAACUAUUGAUAAAGUCCCAGGCUACAAGUUCAAGCUGAGCGCCAUAGUCAAAGACCAGGGCGACCCGCCCCUGCAGAGCUCCAUCACCCUGGACAUCCAGGUCGUGGAGUCCAACAAGAAGAGUCCGUCCUUCAUCGAGGUGCCCCCAGGCCCGAUCAGACUGAAAGAGAAUUAUGCGGACUUCAACGCGCCUAUUGCUACUGUUAAGGCUGUGUCAAACAUUCCAGAAGAAGAGAAGCUCCAGUUCGAACUGGUUCAGGGUCAGACUGAGCAGACGAACAAACGGCACACCUUCGUGCUAGAACCCGAAGCGGACACAGCGUACAUUAAACUGGGAAACCAUCUGGACUAUGAGAAGAUCACAGACUAUACGCUCACUGUCAGAAUACAGAACAACUACAAGUUAGCAGCCGAAACCAUAAUCCAGAUAGAAGUGGAGGACGUCAACGACAACAUUCCCAUCUUCAGCGAGAUCAGAUCUGGUAGUGUUUUAGAGAACGAACCUCCUGGCACUCCUGUGAUGCAAGUGCGAGCGUUUGACGCCGAUGGUACAUCAGCUAACAACCAAGUGACGUACCAGUUGGGAGAUCCGUCAGAUCCGUUCGCUAUUGACAGCAUCACUGGCAACAUUACAACUCUAAAGAUGUUUGAUCGUGAAGAAAAGAGCUUUUACAACAUCAAGAUCAUUGCCACAGACAAUUCCGAGUCAGCACUGAUACCAGGGAAGCAUAAUGCGGGACAGCAGUCGUUUCUGAUAGAGAUAGCAGAUAAGAAUGACAAUCCGCCCCAUUUCACUCAGGAUACGUACGUGGCGGAAUCCAUAGCUGAGAACGCGAAUAUAAAUGAACUUGUCACUCAAGUUACGGCUAUCGAUACAGAUACUGCCUCCGUAGUGACGUACAGCAUCGUCGCGGGAAAUACCUACGAGGCGUUCGUGAUCCGUAACUUCACGGGAGAGAUCCGAGUGAACAACGGACUUGAUUACGAGAACAUCACUACUUACAGCCUUGACGUCAGAGCGUUCGAUGGUUUAUACGAAGAUUAUGCGAAAGUGAUAAUUAACAUCGAGAAUUUGAACGACAACCCGCCCGUGUUUUUGGACAAUUAUACGAAAACUAUCGAAGAAGAGAAACUGUAUGAAGGAUGCAUUGUUAAGGUGGAAGCCUACGACCCCGACAUCAAGGACCGGAACGCGCCCCAGAACAUCGUCUACUCCUUAGUCAAGCAGGAACAGAAGGCGUUUCUGCAAGUGGACAACGACGGCUGCCUCCGUCUGACGAAGCCGUUGGACCGCGACCAGCCGUCUGGCUUCGCUCGCUGGCAGAUCCUCAUAAUGGCGGCUGAUCAGGGCGGGAGACUGGGGACUGAGAGCUUGCGGUCGACAACUGAAGUCAUAUUGGAGCUGACGGAUAUUAACGACAAUGCGCCGUUUUUGACGAAUACGGAACCGAUAAUAUGGUUCGAAAACGAACCACCGGGGCAGGUGGUGGUGCUGACCGCGAAAGACUACGACUCGCCCGAGAAUGGCCCACCGUUCGAGUUCGCGUUGAACGACUCUGCCUCCUUCGAGAUACGGACCAAAUUCCACAUACAAGGCAACAUCCUGUCAACACUAGUGACGUUCGACAGAGAGCAACAGAAAGAAUACAAGAUACCGGUGGCCAUCACGGAUUCGGGCACGCCGAGACUGACGGGCGUUUCUAUACUCCGAGUCGUCAUCGGCGAUAGAAACGACAACCCGAUGGGCCCGGGGCAUAGCGACAUCUUUGUUUACAACUACAAGGGUGAAACCCCGGACACGGAGAUCGGACGGGUGUACGUCACGGAUCCGGACGACUGGGACCUGCCGGACAAGCGGUUCAUGUGGCUGCCUUCCUACGAGAAGAGAAGCCCGUACUUCGAUGUUCAUAGGAAUACUGGCAUGAUCACUAUGAAGGAGGGGACGCCAAACGGCACAUAUUUGCUGACUUUCAAUGUAACCGAGGAAAACGAGCCAAUCGUGCCUUUCCACUGGGUGGAGGCCACAGUCAACGUAACGGUGAAGGAGAUCCCUGAAGAGGCCGUCGACAAGUCCGGCUCCAUACGGUUCGUGAACGUCACCGCUGAGGAGUUUAUUGUUCCUGAGAUGGAUGGUUUAAGCAAAAAGGAGAAGCUGCACCGUCGUCUUUCAGAGCUCUACAACACCUCCAUGGACAAUGUGGACGUCUUCACUGUAUACGGCAACAAACCGACGAACAAAGACACGUACUUGGACGUACGGUUCUCAGCCCACGGGUCACCUUAUUACCCCCCUGAGAAGUUGGACAGUAUGGUUGUGGGGAUACAAGAGAAGCUCGAAGAAGAACUUCAAGCUAAGAUCUACAUGGUGAAGAUAGACGAAUGCCUCAUAGAAAAGGAGCAGUGCGAGGAUGCGUGUAGAAACGUGCUGAUGAAGAGCAACGUGCCUUUGUCGGUUUACACGAACACCACCAGUUUCGUCGGAGUGUCGGCCAAAGUGGAAUCAGAGUGUACCUGUGAUAUUGAGGAGCCUUUAGUGUGUUUGAAUGGAGGAACGCCUUUCGCCGACAAAUGCGAGUGCCCCGAAGGCCUGACAGGCCCCCGCUGCGAACAAACGUCCAUAGGCUUCCACGGGGAAGGCUGGGCUAUGUACUCAUCCCCUCCAGCCUGCCACGAAGGCCACGUGACGUUGACGGUGACGUCACACACCAGUAACAGUUUGAUAUUCUACGUGGGCCCUCUGAAGUUCAAUCCGCUGUUGGAUGUGCAAGAUUUCAUGUCCCUGGAACUGGUAGACGGAUUCCCGGUUCUUCUAGUGAACUACGGAUCGGGGACGACGAGGUUGAACAAUAGUGUUGUGCACGUGGCCGAUGGGAAGCCGCAUCUUAUCGAGAUUGUGCUCAUGCGCAGCUCGAUAGAGAUGUUUGUGGAUCGAUGCAAACUGUCGACGUGUAUGAGCCUUGCAGCGCCUACUGGUCCUAGAGAGAUACUUAAUGUGAACGGACCACUUCAGCUUGGCGGCGCUAGCAUCGACCUGCAAAAUUUGGCGCGUAAUUUCGGAUGGCGGCACGUACCAACCAACCAGCAUUUUGUUGGAUGCAUCAGCAAUUUCACAUACAACGAUUUUAUGUACAACUUAGGAGCACCGUCUGUCCACCACAACGCAGACCCGAGCUGUCAAAAGAGCAUGUUCACAGCUGUCACGUUUGGUAUCGACACGAAUUUCCUCGUCGCCAUUUUAGUCUGCAUCACCAUUUUAGUCAUUCUCCUCCUAGCCGUGGUAGUCCAUAGACGGCGGGCAGACGCGUGGGCAGAAAAAGAACUAGAUGACAUCAGAGAGAACAUCAUCGCUUACGAAGACGAGGGGGGCGGCGAGGGGGACGCGGGGUACGACCUGCACGUGCUAAGGCAGAUGUAUGAUGGCCCCCCUCCUGAUACUGAUCCUUCGUUCAUGCACGCUCCUGUGGUGGGGGCGGCGCCUGACAUCUCCGGAUUCCUAGACGACAAGAAAUCCGUCUUAGACAGAGACCCAGACAUCAACCCGUACGACGACGUCAGACACUACGCGUAUGAGGGAGACGGCAACACUAGUGGCUCUCUGUCGUCGCUGGCUAGUUGUACCGACGACGGAGACCUCAAAUUCAACUACCUUUCGACCUUCGGGCCUCGAUUCCGCAAGUUAGCGGAUAUGUACGGAGACUCAGACGACGACAGACAACCCCACGAGGAGUCGUGGUGCUAGCACCACGCCUGGCUAGUCUAGCCACCCAAAAACCAACCUUAAUGACUCUCGCAUAAGGGCCAACGCCCAGUGUCAGUGCUACUAGCAUCGAAAUGCCUUAUUGUCCUUAAUUUGAAUGUGAAACGUGACUGCAUCACCCACCGCUGGACUAGGACGACCUGUGAUAACAUGGUAAAUGAUUAGUAGAAAAACUUUGUGCCCGGCAUAUUAGCCAAAGCUCUUGAAAAGUUAUACGUACCUCUUUACGGAAAACUAUUUUUUAUUUUCUUUUUUACUUUUAUACUUGGGAAGUAUUGAUUGUGAAAUUCUUCAUUUAAAGACUCCAACAGGGUUCUUAUUCAUUAGUAUCCAUUUACACAGGUGUUUUUUGGGUAUGUACGUUUGUAUGGUCAUUUUAGUACUGGCCGAGUAUUACAAAUCUAAUAUAGCUGAAUUUCUGUCAAAUGUGCCAUCGAAAAUGCAUUCCAGUAUCCUACUAAUUUAGUAAAAACGUUCCGAUGCAGUACUAAAAUGAUCAGAUAUCUCUGCUGGACAUCGAAAAGGUUCAUACAAAAUGUAUGUACAUUUCAUACUACGUCCAACUUAAUUUUAUACAUUGACGACUGCGUUUUUCAUUAAUUUUUUAUUAAAUGAACAGUCUUUGGAUUUUUUACAACUCUCAGACAAAAUAUUGAAGUAUUGUUUUGUUCGUACGGCUUUGUAAAGGACUAAAUGUUGACUUAUUGUUAGGUAGGUACAUUAUUUUUAGAGCUGUAAAGAGCGCUUGUAUCGCGUAUGUAUUAAUUGGUACGGUGGAAAAUGAAAAUUGCGUAAAUAUGUUUUAAGAAUCGACUGAUUUGUAAGUUGUUUAGGACACGUUGAUAAUACGCCUAAAGUACUUCUAGAACGUUAAUGUAACUUAAACCAAGACAUUGUAUAAACUACUAUUUCAAAGUAGACGUGACUUCGUUAGUAUAAGUUUGGGAUUCGGACAAGUCACCGAUAGUCAAACUUGACGGCAGCUUAAUUUUUUUAUUUUUUUAUUUCACUGUUUUUAAUAUAUUUUUGACUAAGCAUGGUAAACACAUGACAUUUCACGUAUCUUUUACGUUAAUGCUGUACCCAUUCAUUUUUAACAUCAGAAAGAUUUUGUUUAUUAAAGUGCCAUUAUUAAAAAGCGAUAAUUAUUAGCCCUAAGUAGUGAUAACAGAAGCGAAACAGUAAUAAAACAACAAAUUUUAUAACAAAUUCUUUUUUUUACUAACCACUUUCGUACGGACUUUUUUUUAAAUUAAAAAGUGUUGUUUUUUUGUUAUUUUCGCAGAUACAAAGUUGUACCAUUUAUUUAUUUGCUUUAAUUUUUGUUUCCAAUUUAUUUUAUAGGUAUGUCACUUAAUUUUCUGACGUUUUAAACUGAUAUGGAAUUUUAAUUUGAUUUGACAUUAGUUUAAGAUAUUUUGUAUUUGUUACAAUAUGAUUUUGUAUGUCUUUUGUCUGCAGCUAGGUGUUUUUUAAAUAUUUUUUGUAAACAGUGCGUAUAGAAUUAAAAGAUAAUUGAAAGUAUGUUUUUAUUUUUAUUUUUUUACUUUCCUAUGGUCCGUUUUAAUGUGUUAUUAAGAUAUUUUAGUGUCUGAAUUUUCAUACAAAGUCGUCCAAGUUUCUUGUAUGUAGUAAGUAAGCAAGUAUGAGUAUUUUGCUGUUUGACUUUGCUGUGAUGUCAACUUACAAUCUAUUAUUUAAUUGUAAAGAAAAUUGAUACUACAUACUAAUUAAGUAAGUACUUGUAAAUAUGUAAUUUAUAUACGGAUAAGCAGCGUAUAAUGUUUUCAAAUAGGUAUGUAAUUUUUAUAACGGUAAAAUAUUAUAAUAAGCGAAUAUACAAGGUGUCUUAUAAUUAUGCAUAUCAACGAAUUGUAAGAUGAACUUUCCUUUGGAAAUGUCAAACUAAGUAAUUUAUCUAAAUAUAAUGCAUGUAUGCGUAUGAACUAACCUAUCUACAAUUAUAAUAACCCGUUUAAUAAAUCUGAAAGAAAUAUUUAAAAUAAAGUAUUUAUGUACCAUUUUUAUUGGUAUUAGUUUGAGUAGUUUUCAGUAACGGUCUAAAAUGCCAUUCCAAAAAUGUUUAUUCUUCGUUAAAAAAUUUUUUUUUUUUAAAUUCAAAGGCAUCUUGCACUUAAAUUAAAGUACACUUUUUUAAAAUAAUUUUGGUUUAAAUCUGCGUGGUGGCGCUAUCUGUAAAACUCAUUACAAAAUGGCGGGAGCCGCCGCCAUUAAAAUUAACGAUAAUUGACAGUUUUCGAUCCAAUCAGAACGCGCCACCUGAAUCCAUUCCACCAGAAUACCGAUGGCCGCUUAAAGUAGAGUAUUUUCAUCUAUUUAUGUUUUAUUAUCUUUGUUUAAAUGCUUUAAAAAAUAGUUGAUGGGUCAAAAAUCUAAUGACCUGCCACGAAUAAGGUAAGAUAAGGGAGAUUUGUAUUUUAAAGCUACUAGAAAUAUCAUUACAAUUGUGACCCAAUGUAUGACACAUUUUCGACAACUUUUCACAAUGAUUGCGUGAUAAAUGUCAGUCAGUCAGUUAUUAGGUAUGUUUACGGUACUAUAAUGUGUUGGAAAACAUACUUUUCAUAGCAUUUGUUUUUCUCUUUCAAUGACAGAUUAAAAAGUAAUUUAUCAAGAAGUUAAUAACACAAUGCCUUGUCCAGUGUUAGCCCAUAAAACUUAUAUGGGACUUUUGAGUGUUUUUCAAAACAGACAUCGUAAUAUUUUUACUAUUUUUCGUGUUAUCCGUCCGAUUGAGCCAAUCUUUGAGAAUCUUAUACGACUGACACGUUGAACAAUUUUUAAUGAGACGAAAUAAAUUGAUUUUAUUUGGAACUUUAUAAAAAUAACUGUACUUUUGUUAAUUAGUUUGCUAUAACUUUUUGACGAUGUUGGCUCGUAUUAACGUCAAUUUAUAUCCAUCAUGAUGGCCUAAUCAUUUUUUUUUAAUUUCUCACGGGCUUUAAAAUUUUACUGGUGAUAGUUGCUGCAUUUUAACUUUGAUAGAUAUUUCUACGAUUUUUUUAUUAUUUUAAAUGGCAUUUAUAAGACCAUUAGAUUCAGUCAGUCCAUAAUUAAUAAAAAAAAAUAGUCACACAGACAUUAACUCUAUAUUUUGGUUUGUAGUUAACUAAAUGAUUUUAUAACAUUGUGAUUAGUUUAAGAUUUCCUUUCUCGUUAAUUGGACCAAACAGAAUUACUAAGUAUUGUAUAAUUGUAAAAAUGUUUCGUAUAGAGUGUUACCCUCUAGUUGAAUCAGCGGAAUUUUAAAAUCUACUCAGCCUAAUAGAUUUGUUUUUGUAAUAUGAACAGAAACUAAUUUAGUGUAAUAAUGUUAAACUAGUAUUAUUGGAUCAAUUAAUAUGUAUUCGUUAUGUCCAAGCAUUUAAAAACUGUCAAAAUUUUCAACAUUUAAUGGUUUAUUGAAAAAAUUGUCAAUUUAAAAAAUCAAUAAAAAUAUUUUUUCACUUCAUGGUAUACGCCUAUUUCUUCUUAAAAUAAACUAUUUUUAAGAAAAUAAUAGGGGAAUAUUAUUUUUGUUGUACCUAACACAACUGCACCAAAAUAAUUUUAAACUUUAUAAAUAAAUGGGUAAAAUUAUUUUAGGGAAAAGAGGUUGAUAAAUGGUGGUCGAAAUUACAUUAUUUUUAUUAUAUUCUUUAUUUUGUAUUUUUCAUAUUUUGGCACUUUUUAAAGGUUGGACUGCACAUAGAAUUCUGACGGUGAACAUUUUUUUCAUUUGACAUGUAUUUUCCCUUAGAAAUGGCCACCGCAGAAUCAUGUGAUAACUUCGAGCCACUGCCAUGAAAAUUUGUAUUCUAAGAUAGAGGUAAGGACCUCAUUAACAUUUUCACAAGUAAAAAAAACAGUUCCAUUUAAUUUAAGUUUUAUCUGUUUGAAUUAAGAUCCAUUUUUGACAGCAGAUCCCAGUCAAAAAUGUUUUUUUCAGUAAUUUGAAUGAAAGGCUUGAACGUAUGAAUGUUUUACUUAAUUUUAUUUCGUUAACUGUUUUUGAAAACAUACGUAGAAGUUUAUAUUGUGAAAAUAGUCAAACACUAAAAUUGAUUUCAUUCAAUUAUUAUGUAUAAGAAUUUAAUAUUAGCAAUAAGAGUACCUACUCUUGUGUUCAGACGUUAUAUUUUUCAAUAUGUAGCUAUAGUAAAUUGUCUUAUGAUUAUUCAUCUGUUUCCAAAUUAGGGAGCAUUUGAUGGAGUAUUGUAUGAACACUUAAAUGUUUUAAAAUGAUUGUGUAAUUUAAAAUUAAGGUAUAAGUAACGUUGCAGAUUGCAGGCUGCAGUGAAUAGCUUUAGUUAGAAUUUGCAAAAUGGCGGAAUUGUUGUAAUCUGCAGUUAUACUUACUGCUGUCUACAAUCUGCCUGCAGUUUGCAGUGUAUAAGUGAUACCUUUUUGUAGUUUAAUUAGAUGAAUUUAAGUGUAAAAGAGCGUCUGUAUUGUAAUGUUUGACAGCUGAGGGUCGACUGAAAGAUAUGUGUAUAUCUUCACAUUAAGUAAGUAGUAUUUAAGGGGCCGUAUGUUUAUAAUUUGUUUAUAUCAUAAAAAUGUUCAAUUCCAAUAAAAGCUAAGAAAUUGAAUUUGAAUAA